AUGGCUGAUAUCGACCUCCAAGCGGUCCACGACACGCUUGUGUCCGUCGCCUUUGAGGCGGGGCGCAUGAUCCUAGCUGCGAACCCGAGCAAGAUCUCAACCGACACUAAGCUGAAUGCCGUCGAUAUCGUAACCGAAACCGACCAGGCCGUCGAGCGCAUGGUAACGGCCCGCCUGCGCGAAGCCCACCCGACAUUCGCCUUCGUCGGCGAAGAAACCUACCAGCCCGGCGUGACCCGCGUGACCGACGCGCCAACCUUCAUCGUCGACCCGAUCGACGGCACCACCAACUUCGUGCACUCCUUCCCCAACGCCUGCAUCUCCCUGGGUGUGGCUGUGGGCCGCCGUUCCGUGGUCGGGGUCGUGUACAACCCGUUCCAGGACCUGUUGUAUACGGGUAUCAAGGGCAAGGGGAGUUAUAUGCAGCGGAAUGCAUCGUUAGAAGAAGGGAAAGGGCUCGGGGAGAAGGUGAGGCUGCCGCUGGGAGGGGAGAAUCCGACGGCGUUGGGGGAUUUGAGCUCGGCGCUUGUCUCAAUAGAAUGGGGUAGCCAGCGGGACGGGGAGAACUUUGAUGUGAAGGUCAAGGCGUUCCAGAAGCUGGCUGCGUCGAAGGAGAGUGGCGGUGGAAUGGUUGGUGGGUUGCGGUCCCUGGGCAGCGCUGCCCUGAAUCUGUGCGCCUGUGCAGCGGGGCAGUUGGAUCUUUAUUGGGAGGGUGGAUGUUAUGCGUGGGAUGUUGCCGCGGGGUGGUGCAUUUUGAACGAGGCGGGUGGGAUCAUGGUUAGUGGUAACCCAGGCGCGUGGGAGACGGAGCUCGACUCGCGGGUGUAUCUGGCUGUGAGGGGUGCCAGUGGCGGGCAGAAAGAGCUCGUUGAGGAGUUUUGGAAUAUCAUUGGAGACGGGAAGAUGGACUACAAGCAUUAG